AUGGACAGCGCUCAAUAUACUUCAUGGGCUAAGUUGUUCAGAAUCCAUUGUCGUGCAUUCCAUGUCAUUGAUCAUAUCAAACCCAGAGCUGCAAUCAUCUCCUCCUCCACCAUUGAUAAAGCCGGGGCUAAUAAACUAGCAGAUCCCAAACCAAUGGAUCCUAAACUAUGGAAUCGAUUAGAUUCCAUUGUCAUCCAAUGGAUUAACAAUACUAUCUCAAAUGAUCUCCUCCAAACCAUUCUAAAACAUAAAUCUAGUGCAACGCGGGCAUGGGCAGCCCUCGAAAGUAUUUUUCAAGACAACCAGAAUGAGUGUGCGCUUUACUUGGAACACAAACUAGUCACCACAAAACUUAGAAAUUUCGAAAAUUGCUCUGCUUACUGUCAAACGUUGAGAAUGAUCUCUGAUCAACUUUCCAAUAUCGGCACCCCUGUUACUAAUCAACGACUCGUAUUACAACUCAUUGCUAGUCUUACAAAUGAAUACGAAAGGAUCACCAUGAUGAUCCAUCAAACCAAACCUCUUCAAGAUUUCUAUGAAGCACAAUCUCAUCUCAUCUUGGAGGACAAACGUAAGGCAAAUCAUGCAACCUAA